AUGUCCUUUGCCAUUGAAACUAUUGCCACUAAACCUUACCAGGAUCAAAAGCCUGGUACUUCAGGUCUUCGUAAGAAGACUGCAAUUUUUAUGAAUGAACCACAUUAUACUGAAAAUUUUAUUCAAGCUAUGCUUGAUGCAAUUCCAGAAGGUAGCAAAGAUGCUACUUUAGUUGUUGGUGGUGACGGUCGUUUUUACAACGAUGUUGUAUUAAAUAAAAUUGCUGCAAUUGGUGCUGCUAAUGGUUUAAAAAAAUUAAUUAUUGGUCAAAAUGGUUUAUUAUCAACUCCUGCCGCAUCUCAUGUAAUUAGAUCUUAUAAAGAACCUGUCACUGGUGGUAUUAUUUUAACUGCCUCUCAUAAUCCAGGUGGUCCAACUAAUGAUAUGGGUAUUAAAUAUAACUUAGCUAAUGGUGGUCCAGCCCCUGAAUCUGUUACUAAUGCAAUUUGGGAAGUCUCUAAAAAAUUAACUAGUUAUAAAAUUAUUUCAAAUUUACCAACUUUAGAUUUAGCUAAAAUUGGUGAUAAUCAAAAAUAUGGUCCUUUAUUAGUUGAUAUUAUUGAUACAACAGAUGCUUAUGUUAAAUUCUUAAAAGAAAUUUUUGAUUUCCCAUUAAUUAAAAAAUUUAUUCAUGAACAACGUGAACAAAAUAAUUUUAAAUUACUAUUCGAUUCAUUAAAUGGUAUUACAGGUCCUUAUGGUCAUGCUAUCUUCGUUAAUGAAUUUGAUUUACCAGCUGAUGAAGUUUUACAAAAUUGGCAUCCACAACCAGAUUUUGGUGGAUUACACCCAGAUCCAAAUUUAACUUAUGCUAAAACUUUAGUCGAUAGAGUUGAUCGUGAAAAGAUUCAAUUCGGUGCAGCUUCUGAUGGUGAUGGUGACAGAAAUAUGAUUUAUGGUGCUGGUCCAGCUUUUGUUUCACCAGGUGAUUCUGUUGCAAUUAUUGCUGAAUAUGCCGCAGAAAUUCCAUAUUUUGCUAAACAAGGUAUUUAUGGUCUUGCUCGUUCUUUCCCAACUUCUGCUGCUAUUGAUAGAGUUGCUAAAGCUCAUGGUUUAGAAUGUUACGAAGUUCCAACAGGUUGGAAAUUCUUCUGUGCUUUAUUUGACGCAAAGAAACUUUCCAUUUGUGGUGAAGAAUCCUUUGGUACUGGUUCAAACCAUAUUAGAGAAAAAGAUGGUCUUUGGGCUAUUGUUGCUUGGUUAAAUGUCUUAGCAAUUUAUAAUAAACAUCAUCCAGAAAAAUUAGCUUCAAUUAAAACUAUUCAAAAUGAAUUUUGGGAGAAAUAUGGUAGAACAUUUUUCACUCGUUAUGAUUAUGAAGGUGUUAGCUCAGAAGAUGCUUCUAAAGUUGUUAAUUUAUUAAAUGAUUUUGUUGAAGAUAAAAAAUCAGUUGGUUCUGCUUUCCCAGGUUUACCAGGUGUUACUGUUUCUGAAGCAGGUGAUUUCUCUUACACUGAUUUAGAUGGUUCAGUAUCAGAUCAUCAAGGUUUAUUCUUUAAAUUAUCUAACGGUGCCAGAGUCGUUGUAAGACUUUCGGGGACAGGUUCUUCCGGUGCUACCAUCAGACUAUAUAUUGAACAAUAUUCUGAUGAUAAAUCCACUUAUCAACAAGAUGCACAAGUUUUCUUACAAAGUGUUAUUAAGCCAGUUGUACAAUUCUUAAAAUUCAAAGAAUUAAUUGGAACUGAAGAACCAACUGUCCGUACAUAA